AUGGAGCCGCCGAAUCUCUAUCCGGUGAAGCUCUACGUGUACGACCUGUCCAAGGGCCUGGCCCGGCGGCUCAGCCCCAUCAUGUUGGGGAAACAACUGGAAGGCAUCUGGCACACCUCCAUAGUCGUGCACAAGGAUGAGUUCUUCUUCGGCAGUGGUGGUAUCUCCAGCUGUCCACCAGGAAGGACUUUGCUUGGGCCCCCAGAUUCUGUGGUUGAUGUUGGGAGCACAGAAGUCACAGAAGAAAUCUUUCUGGAGUACCUGUCCUCCCUGGGGGAGUCUCUGUUCCGAAGUGAGGCCUACAACAUCUUUGAGAACAACUGUAACACCUUCAGCAACGAAGUGGCACAGUUCCUAACCGGGCGGAAGAUCCCUUCUUACAUCACUGACCUUCCCUCUGAAAUUCUCUCCACGCCCUUCGGACAGGCCCUGAGGCCCUUCCUGGACUCCAUUGCAAUCCAGCCUCCCGGAGGGAGCCCGGUGGGCCGACCCAACGGCCAGAGCUAA